AGUAGCGGUCGUUGUGUUAAUCGGUUGUAGUUGCUAAAAUGAUGACGCGUUUGUUUGUGAAAGUUUAUCAAAGUUAUUUUGUAGCGUUAAUUAUACUGACGCUGUCAAGUGUAUUAAUUGUUGAGGUAGAGUGUCGUCGAGCCAUUCAACCUGUUGAAGAUGUUGGAGAUAUUGUUAAACGAUUAAAUAAUAUUAAUUUAAAUGUUGUCGAUAAUGAAGGACCACCUUGUUUAUUGGACAUACAACAGGACUUACCAAAAAGAAACAAACCACAACCUCUAUACAUCAUACCAGAUACAAAUCAAUUUUGGUUACCCAAUGCGCGUGGCCAAUUGCAAAUACCACGUGGAGCUGUUAUAGAAUUACAUUGUUCGAAGUCAUUUGCCAAUACAACGGAGGACAAUAAUACUGGCUCAGAAUCAUCCAACAAAAACCAAAACAAUAAUAUUAAAUUCAGUAAUAUCUUACAAGUGGCCAAGAAUACAAAGACAUUGCGACCACGUUGCUUACACGAUAAAACUUUCCUGUGGCAGGGUGAGAAGUAUGAGUUUCAACAAUUCAUUUGUGAACAACCGGCCAAGUAUAUGGUUGAACAAUUGCAUGAGAAAUGUCCUACAAUGACAGAUGAUCAGGCAUCCGUGGAAGCUCAAAUGUACCGUGUAGGUUUCAACAUUACUGGUAAUCGUUUUCUGGAAACAAUGCGUGUCUGUUAUGACGAUACGUUGUUGCGUACAUUGUAUGUGCAACAUACAUUGUUGCCGGCCAGUGUACAUUUUCAGAAACACGUUAAGCGCUUGAAUUUUAGCAAAGCUGGCCAUUUCAAAAAUGUCAAUAUGAAUCAGCUUUAUACACAACAAUAUCAGCGACAGCAAGCGGCAGGUUUGUUGCAAGGCCAGCAUGAGCAUCUUUUCGACAAUAAUACAUUGUUUUUGGCUCGUGGCCAUUUGGCAGCUAAAUCCGACUUUAUCUAUGGCAAUCAACAGAGAGCCACCUUUAAUUUCUUUAACGUUGCUCCGCAGUGGCAGGCAUUCAAUGGUGGCCAGUGGGCAGCCCUGGAGGAUGAAGUGCGUAAGUUUGUGGCAAAGUCAAAGCUACAGGUGGACUGUUAUACUGGCACCUUUGGUGUAUUACAAUUGCCAUACAAAACUGGCGAUAGUGCUGGUGCUGGUGUCGUACAAUAUCGUGAUUUCUAUUUAACCAUGGACAGUAACAACAAUGGCAUACUACCCGUACCUCAGCUAUACUAUCGUGUACUAAUUGAUCGUUCACGUUAUCCCAUGCGUGGUAUUGCUUUAGUUGGCGUAAAUAAUCCUCAUGCUACACUAAAUGAAAUCAACUCAUCGUUUAUAAUCUGCGAUGACAUUCAUGACCAGGUGCCCUGGUUGCGCUGGAUGCGUAAUAAAAAUUUAAAAAAGGGUUUUAUGUACGCUUGUCAAGUGCCAGAUUUUGUUGCAGCUGUGGGACAUUUACCAAAAAGUCUGUUAAAUGUCAAAGAACUUCUAGUCUAAAUGAAUGAAUGAUUGUGUUCAGAUGAAAAGUUGAUUAAAUUUUAAA